CUGAAACUCAACUCGGCCGAGAUGCUAUAUUGGAAUUCCGUACCCUUCACGUAGGUGGCUAUCUUCAUCCUGGUGAGGAUAUGCCCCAUUUUGUCGGUCAGCUACAGCAGGUAUGGGUCAACGGACAUUCAUACCUCGAAAUAGCCCGCAGUACAGGAAAUCAUCAGAGCACACAUCAGGGUGUAACACCGAUUAUAAGGGUGACUGGUAAAUUUGGUAAACGCAAUCAUCCGGUUCAUCAUCCAGUUACUUUCACAUCGAAACAUACAUUCGUUGGAUUGCCGGUUUUGAAGGCCUAUGUUGAAACGAAUAUAUACUUCCAGUUCAAAACCAGAGAAACAAAUGGCCUGAUUUUGUUCAACGCCGGCCGCGAGCGUGAUUUCAUAGCUGUUGAAUUGGUUAGUGGACACAUACAUUAUGUCUUUGAUCUCGGUGAUGGACCAAUUCGCAUCAGAGAUUCAUCAAGGUCACGUCUCAAUGAUGGAAAAUGGCAUGCUGUUAGCAUCGGCAGGCCAGCACCGAAGCGACACACAUUGGCGGUAGAUGAUCACGUCAAUGCAGUUAAUAGCCAAGGGAGCAAUGAAAAUUUGGAUCUCGACGGUAUACUGUACAUAGGUGGAGUGGAGAAGAGUCAGUACGCUCAAUUACCGAGCCCCAUAGUGAGUCGUCAGGGCUUUGAGGGAUGUCUAGCGUCACUUGACCUGAGUGGCGAGAGUGUUGACCUCAUGUCAGAUGCGGUUGUAACAAGUUCACUGGUGGAAUCAGGAUGUGAUGUUUACGCUAAUAUGCAUUCUGGCAAGAAAUGUACACAUGACAUUUGUGCUAAUCAUGGAGCCUGUGUGCAGCAGUGGAACAGCUACACUUGUGACUGUGAUAUGACGAGUUUCGGUGGACCAACGUGUAAUGACGAAGCCGUUGCCUAUGAAUUUGGACCAGGAAGAGGAUUAAUUACCUAUACAUUCCCGACUGAUCGUCGUCCUGAAAUGAAACGAGAUACUGUAGCUCUAGGGUUCGUUACAAGCACUAAUGACGCUGUGCUCCUGAGAAUGGAAUCAGCGACGAGUAAUGAUUAUCUGGAAAUUGAAAUUGUCGAAGGAAAUGUUUUCGCUGUUUACAAUAUGGGCACUAAUGAUCAUCCAAUCGGCGAAGUUGGGGUUAAAGUCAAUGACAACCAGUAUCACGUUAUCAGGUUUACGAGGAAUGGAGCCAACAGUACAUUACAAAUUGAUGAUUAUAAUGUGCAGUCCAAUCAUCCGUCCGGGAAUCAAUUGACAGUAUUCAACGGCCAAUCAACAAUCCAAGUUGGAGGGCGAUGGAACAAGAACAAGGGCAGAGUCGAGCGUCCAUUCCUGGGGAUUAUCUCAGGAUUAGUGGUAAAUGGAGCUAGGAUACUUGAAUUAGCAGCUGCCAGUCAGGAUAGAGUUGUAAUUACUAUCCGGGGAGAUGUACAGCCAUUACCACCUGGCAGUUUAUUAGAUAGGACAGCACCACUUCAACGCAUGCAGCAGACACCCGCAUCCGGUCUGCCUGGCAUCAUGGAUGAUCUUAUAUUUUCGGGAGCGGGAAGUGGAUGCGCAGGUGAUGAUGAGGAUGAAGAUUGCACGCCAAUUUAUGAUCCAAAUUCAGAUGACUUGAUAACUCCAGUAUACGUCGCGCCCACGAGAUUGCCACCAACAGUAAAACCAAAAAAAGAAAACAUCCAGGAACGUCCAUCCUGCGACGACGAGGAAGACUGUGAAGAGGGCUCAGGCGAUCCUGGCACCACAGAAGAAGUAAUCGUAACUUCCGUCACUGAUUCGAGCUCGGUGACGUACACAACGCAGCGUGAACCCUCUACAAGCCAUACAAGCACACAGGCAUCAACAGGGUCAAUUUCAGUGUCUCGUGGUACGGUAUCCACGACAUUUACACAGUACAAUGCGUCCAGUGCGGAUACUGAGGCUACGCACAGCAGCACAACUGUAACGCAGCGUACGACAAGUGCAACAACCCACACAACAACAACAAGAAUGACGGAUCCACCACCGCCACCCUACCACCCGGAAAUCUACACCCCAGGACCCCCAAUAAAGAAGUAUCCACCAACAGUGCCGAGUAUCCACACAGAAGCAGCAAAGCACACAGCCCUAAUAAUCGUCAUAAUAGCCGGUGCAUUGAUAGCAAUAAUUCUAAUAAUCCUCCUAAUCCUAAAAUUCAAAAAUCGUCCGGAUACCCACUACAAAGUUGACGAAACCAAGAACUUCUGUCAAGAUCCAAACGCAGCGCUCCUGGGUGCUGCUGGUUCAGAUCAGCAGUACAAUGGUGCCUUGAAAGCCGGAACAAAUGGAAGUAAAAACGGUAAAAAACGUGAAAUGAAGGACAUCAAAGAGUGGUAUGUCUAAAGUAUUAAUUAUGACCGAGAUCGCUAAUGGACGGGCGAUCAAAAUCCAACGAGAUUAAUCAGGAAAAUAGCACACGUAUUAAAAUGUAGAAUUAUUUAGUGGAGCUUUUCGAAGUGGAUCGUCCGCCGUCCAUUAGGAAACAAAAUAUCGAGUUGAUAAAGCAAGCCAAGACUGACUGUGUUAAAAAAAAAGUACGUGAAUUCCCAAGAAUAACAGGGAGAAAAAUCGAUAUGAAUACGUGGAAUUUUUAUUUCGAGCGAGAGUUGUGCGAGUGAUUGUAUUUAUCAUUUGAAAGCGAUGAAGAUUAAUAGGUAUAUAUAAAAUCCGAGGGAUUAAUAUGUCAACCCACUUGAAUUGUUUGCUGAAAGCAAUAGUGCGAAUCCAUGAUGAUGAUGGUUGAACGAAAGUAAAUAAUUAGCGUAUGCGUUUACUAAUUUAAGUGACUAUGCUAAUAACUUAUUGUUGUAUAGAAAAAAUAUAAAUAUAUAUAAAUGAUUAUAACUUAUGUUAUAUGUGUAAAUUGUUUAUUAAAUUCAUAGGAAAUUUAUUAUUGAGGUGUGGAGGGAUAAGUAAGAGAUUUGCACAGAUUGCACUGACGAAGGGAGACAACUUGAAUUUUGAGAAUUUUGUCGAAAUUUUUGGAGGGGCGAGGCACAUGAAUUGAUUGGGGUAUUGAAUUUUUUUUUAUCUUUGUUUGUGUUUGGGGGGAUUAGAGAUUAUUUCGGCGUGUAACAAAUGCUUGAGACAUACACACACAGGGUUUGGAACACAGUAUUGCCAAUAAUUAGUUAAUAACGUGUUGAUAGGUGAAUGAAAUUACUCAUUUUGUCAAUGAUAGGCACUGAUACUACGACGAAAUUUAGAUGAAUUGGGUUGUAGAUCUAUUUAUUCAUGAAGAAGUUGAUUUUACAAUUACUAAAUCUGUAAUUAUCUUGGAUGACGAGUGGUUCCAGGGGAAAAUGUCAUAAGAUAUUCCUUCAAAAAACCUCUCAUAUUCAAGAUAAUUGCAGCUGUAAGAAAUCGUUGAAAUUGGUGUUUUAUGGCUCUAGGGAUAAUUUAAUUUGAAACAAAAAAUCAGACGUGAAUUAACUUUUUUUUAGAUAUUUCUAACAUUAUUAUCAGUUAUUGUGGCUAAUGUUCGAAUGAAUGAGUGUCAAAUUUUCGUUGAAACAAUCUACGAUAAAUAGUAAAAAUUUUGAUUGCGGUGAUGAUUGCUCAUGAGAGUGAAAUCAAAGGGCAGUUACCGCUAAGUGGAGUUCUAAUUUAUUUAAAAUAAAGAAAAAAACAGGUGCUACAUUUUUCUCUAAAACUUUUCGCGACUACUUAUUCAUUUUUCAUCGUACUCUACAUUUCAAAGAACAAUUUCAUUGAGAUUAUCUCUUCUCAAACAUUUCUUCGAAUUUCAUAAUUUAAAAGAAUUCAAAAUGGGAUUAACUAUUUACACUCGUUCUAAAGAACUGCACUUAGAAUUUUUAUCGAUAUAAAUAUCUGUAAAAAGUAUAUUUGCUAUGAACACACAUAUCCCACAUUUUUUUGUGAAGUUGUGCUUAGGGGAGAUCAUUCGGAGGAAUCUCUGCAAGAAGUCUUCUCAAAGUGUUCUAUGAGGGCUCCAAUAUCUAAAAAAAACUCGAAAGGAAUAGAUGAAUUAUGAAAAACAAUUUUAAAGUGCCGACUAUUUAAAUAUCCCCAAAUUGAUUGAGGAUUUCCAGGGAAGUUGCUCUCUGCAGUGAAAAAUAACAUUUUUGAAUUUUUUUACUGCAAAAAUUUACACCCAAAGUCGAUCGGGUUAAUAAACAUGAUCUAAUCAAUUAUUUGCAUUUAAAAAAAUCCCCAAAAAUAUAAUUGUAGAGAGAAUCCCCCCUCGACGUCUCCAAGUAAAUAUUAAAAGUCAAUGAGUUUAUCAUUUCUAAAUGCACGCGAAAUAAUUCACAAAAUUUUCUCAAAUCAAUGUCAACAUUUGCGUAAUUACGUGGCUAACUUAUUGAGGAAAAAAAAUAUAAUGUAGGGCAGUUUCAACGAUAUCGUUGAAUAGUGGAAUUUGACGUAGCAAAACCCAAAAUAAACAUAUAAGAAUUGCAAAUAAAAACGAAUAUUUACGCAUAUCGUUUACACUGCCCCCUACCUCUUAUCAGCAUAUCCUUCAAUGUACUGAAUGAACUAAUGUUUAUACUUAAGCUAUUUAAUUAACACUUCUAUACCAAAAGUUAAUCUACAAGCGAAAUUAAAUAAGGGAAUAUUUUAAAAAAAGUGAAUGCAAAAAAAAUCCAAAAAAAUUGUUACUCUCAACUUAAUAAAUUUCAAUUGUAAUUGAGUGUAUCAUGGACCGAAAGAACAGAGAAAAAUAGUGAACGAAAAGUGUCAUGAGAAAAUAAUAAAAUCAUACAGCUCAGGCGUAUAAUCUAGAUUUGCUGUAGCUAGAACGGGAAUUAUAUUUUACAAUUGUACAGUCUCCAAUUAAAAGGAUCAUGCGAUACACUUAAUUAGAUAGAGAUGAUAUUCGUAAACCACUCGUAUGAUGUUAGUCCAACAGCAAUUAUAAAUAUCAAGUUAAUGCGAAUUAAAAACAAAAAGUCUAAAAGAAUUGAAUAGACAUUGAAGGGAUCUUGCGCAAAUAUUUUAGUCGCUUGCUCACACAAAGAGGGGAAUCACAAUAAAUUAGGUUUUUGCAUCUAACAGGGAAUCUUGGAAAAGAACCAUUGUUCAAGGUAGAAAAAACUGAAGAGUGGAACAUGGUGGAACUAUUCUCUUCUCGAUAUAAUUUGCGAUAUUUCGAGUAAUUGAUAAAUAAAAAAUGGGGAAAAAUUCACGUGACUUGAAAAACUCGGCGAUUACUAUGACGUCGUGUUGCAGAUAGCGUGGUUCGUUUGAAGAAGUGUUGAUUAUGCGAGUGAGAAAAGAUUAGAGAUUGAGUUUCGACCAGGUCGCAGAAUUUAUUCCGCAGGUGCAUUCCGUCGCGAUGACCAAAUUUUUCAGCAAAAAUUAUGAAUUGUUUACAUCGACGAUCGCCAUGUUUUCAGACCAUCUGCGUUAUGAAGUCACACACCGGAGAUGUUGUUGCUAGUCUUGUUUUAUGGUGUUGAAAAAAAAUACAUUUCCAAGUAUAUUUUUCAAUGAAAAAUAAUUUUUUUUUUAUUUCAAAAAAUAUAAAGUUAUCUUUCUAAAAUCGUAAAAACUCGCCAGAUAUGUAAGAAUUAGUUUUCGUGAGAUAGAAAUUUCUAGAAAAAACGAACGAGGCACACUGAAGCCGUUGUUUGUGAUAUUGUGAGUAGUUUAUGAAUAAAACAUUUCUAAAUGUUUAGAAAAAAUCACGUGACUUUUAAAUGCUCUACAGUUAUUGUGACAUCGUAACGCAGAUUGAGUGGUUCCUUUGAAGAAAUAUCGGUUGUGAAAGCAAGAGAAACUUUAGGAAAGAUUAGGUUUCGAUCAAAUGCCGAAUUUAUUCGGACUUUGUCUGAUAAUUGACUAAGAAUCAAUACCUUCAUGAUGACGAAGUUUUUCGCAAAAAAUUAUAAAUCGUUCACAGCGGCGAUUGCCAUAUUUUGAGAUCGUCUGCGUUAUGAAAUCCCACACGCGAGAUGUCGCGUCUGGUUAUGUUUCGUGACUUCGAAAGAAAGUAAAUUUUCAAUUACAUUUUUCAAUGGAAAACAUGUAUUUUUUUAUUGAAAAAAAUAGCAGGUUAUGUUCCGAAAAUACUACACUUUCUACGAUAUAAUUUAUCAUAUUGCGAGUGAUCCAUAAAUAACAAAUUUUUUUUUUAUCGUUAUUUUACAUCGCUUCGACCCGGUUAAGGUAUACUGCGAUGAUGAUCAAGACUUUAAAUGGAUCGCACCAUUCAACCCGGCCGGAAUUUGAACUCGGAACCUUUCGCAUGUGAGGCAAUGAACUUACCCACUGCGCCAAGCCACCAGGGAAUAAUAAAAAUAAAAAAAUAUGGAAAAAGUCGCGUGACUUGAAACGCUCUGCAGUGUUUUGACUUGUAACGUCGUUCGGCAGAUUGAGUGGUUCGUUUGAAGAAGUGUUAGAUUAUGUUUCGACCAGAUCUAGAAUUUAUUUCAACUCUGUCGGAUAAUCGACUAAGAAUUAAGUCCUUAAAGAUAACAGAGUUCUUCGCAAAAGAUGAUAAUUUGUUCGCCCUGGCGAUCGCCAUGUUUGAGACCGUCUGCGUUAUGAAGUCACACACGUAAGAUGUCGCUUCCAGUCCUUCCUUGCGGUUUACAAAGAAAGUCAAUUUGCAAUUACAUUUAUCAAAGGAAAAUUUAUGCAUUACUCAUUGAAAAAGGCUUUGAUGGUUUCUAAGAUGCUACACCUGCGUAAGGUGAAGGAAUCUGUUCUCAUGCAAAAACCCAAUUAAAAUAACCCUUAUCGGGAAGCUAAAAAGACGAUCAAAUAAUAGCGUUCAUUUGCGCAAUCGAUAAAAGUAUUUUCUGCGAAAUCGACAACAGCUUUUCAUUGAUGAAUUGAAUCACAAAAAAUGUAAUGUGUAAACAUACGUUAGUGUGUGGUGCAUUUAGAUUUUUUACACUUAAAAAUUAUGAUAAAAUGGACAAAGACCUCUCUUUAACGGCGUUCGUUGUGAUGUUAUUGAUGCAUCAUUAUUGUCGAAAUUGAGGGAUUGAGGGGACGUUUGACGAUGCAAAUGAGGAUAAUUGGUUUCAGCUUAGAGAAAGUCGAUGCGGAAUGCAAAAAAAUAGAAAGUAUUCCACGAAAUUGUUUCAAGAGGUGAUUUAUCAUUUAGGCAACGCAUGAUUAAUGAAUUUUGUGUUAAUCCUUUGCCAAAAAGAACGGAGAGAGAUGUUCAUACAUCUUAUGUUGCAGGAAAUUAUUUAUCACGCACAUUGCACGCAUGGGCUGUUACUGAGAGUAAUACAUUGAUAAAAUACGUCAAAACAAAAGCGAUUCUGCGAGUGAUAAAAUGGAAAUGUAGGUUUGCAUUAAAAUGAUCCAGAUAAUGGAAAAAAACAUGUAAAUAAAUUAGUGAUACUGAUAAUUAUUAAAUA